CAGCCCAAUCGAGCCUGGAAUGCCCUCCUUUCAGCCAAACCAUUCUAGAUUGAAUAACCCUCUCCAAUCUUAUGUGCGCUCUGCUGCGCAAUACAUGUGGGGGGGUCUGGCUAAGUCUACAUUAAAAUCGUAUGACUUGGCUUGGUCUUAUUUUAUCACCUUUUGUGCUUCUGUAUCUGUAGCUGCUCUGCCUGUCAAUGUAUCAUAUAUUAGUGCUUUUAUAGUCCACUGCUUUGAGGAUCGAAAACUGCAGCCUUCUUCCAUCAAAAGUACAGUCGCUGGCAUCCAAUUCCAUCUGCGCUGCCUGGAUCCAUCUGCCUCCAGUAUUUUGGAAAACCCAUCCAUUCGCCUUUUGCUGAACGGCCUCAAAAGACAGUCACCACGAGGCAAUGAUAAACGUCUCCCUUUCACUUUACCUUUGGUUAAACAAAUCAUAUCACAAUUACGGAAUGGAUGUUUUGGGCCUUACACCGGUCAGUUGUUAGAGACGGUCAUUCUCACAGCUUUUUUUGGUUUUCUAAGGGGUGGCGAAAUUUCUUCACGCACAUGUUCCUUUGACCCAAAUCACAAUUUGACAAUUUCUGAUGUUUCAAUUAAUGAUCACCAUUUCACAUUGUUUCUGAAACACUCCAAAACAGAUAGAAAUGGUGAAGGUGUAGUCGUAUAUAUUUCUGAGUCUAACACUGUCUUUUGUCCUCUGAUUUCCAUGAUGACCUACUUGAGGUGCCGUCCUAGUGCUGGUCUGCAGGAGCCGCUGUUUGUCACGCAGGCGGGGAAACCAAUGUCUAGAGCCUGGUUUGCUUCUCACCUACGCCUCCUCUGCCAAUUCUACGGACUGCCUCCGGACCGUUGUACAGCUCAUUCUCUACGCAUUGGGGCAGCAACUACAGCAGCAGCAUCCGCUCCGGUUUUAACCCUUAAAGCCAUGGGGCGGUGGUCUUCUGCUGCUUAUGAACGGUACCUUCGUCCUGACGUUCGGGCUAUUCUUGAUGCUCAGAAGGCUAUGAGCUCAGGUCCCUGAUUGGUUCGACUAAAUAAACAUUUGUGCCUCCUCUGCUUA